AUGGCGAACGCAACUCUGUCGGAGCUUCCGUACUGGGGAGAGAUCAACGCCAUGCACCAGUUCUGUGAAGCAAAGUAUGUCGUGUCCCCCUUCAUUGCAGAGUUUUGGAACUCCGUGAGCAACAUCCCCUUCUUCUGUCUUCCGGCCCUUUACUGCCUUUAUCGCGGUCGCAGCUACGACCUGCGUGUGAAGAUGAUUUGGAUGAGCAUGUUUGUCGUCGGCUUCGGGAGCUUUAUGUUUCAUGGCACCAUGCGCUUCGAGUGGGAGAUGUGGGAUGAGGUGCCCAUGUUUAUUAUGGUCCUCUCCGCCAUCGUGUCGAAGGACGACGUGCAUUGGAUUACGACUGGGGUGUGGAAGCACAUCGUUCAUCUCAUCAGCUUCGGCACGGCGGCCGCGGGCAUGUGCAUGUACUUGCUGCAAAGCAACUACGAGAUCUUCCUGCACUCAUUCGCUGUCGUCGUACUCGUGGACCUGGCCUUGAGUUUCAUCUGCACACAGAAGGCGGAUCCACACGGCUCGCACAUUGCCAGUGCCCUGCUCAUUGGCUAUGCGGCAUCCCUUGGAACCGGUCGCUUGUUCUGGGAAGUCGAGCGGCAGGCCUGCCACCCGGGACACGGCGGUUCGACAGCUCUGCUUCAUGUGCUUUGGCACCUCCUGGCGGGGCUUGCUGUGUACUUCGGCGCGCUCAGCGAUGCGCAGGUCCGCUAUGCCGCGCUGGGAGUUGGCAAUGCCGUUGACGACCCGCACGACCCCUGGCCAUUGGCUGCUUGGCAGAACUAUCAGGUGCUGCCGGCGCGGCGCUCUCUGAAGCAUUUCAACUUCCAAUUUGCUCCCGGAAUGGCGCCUGUGAGGUCGUCUGUCGACGAGGUAGCUCUCGAGGACUGUGGAGGUCAUCCCGAAAAUGCAGUUCGCCCAGCUGCGCAGGACAAGCUGCCGGAGGCCAAGCCUCGGCAAGUCUGCGCGCUUGCUGAGUCGGCUGCAGCCUACCGCGAGCGGCGGCGCCAAGCGGAUGCCAUUGCGGAGUUGGAACUGCAGGAGCUGAUAAAGAAGACAGCUGUGCGGACUGCCGAGGAAGAGCAGGAGUCGUCUGGCGAAAACGGAGGCGAUGCCCCGAUGCGAGUCGAGGGACCCCAGUCCAUCGCCGAAGUCUAUGCCCUGUGCAAGCAGAUGUCCGAGGCGUUUCUGCUGCCUAUUAGCGAGGUCAAAGCAUGCUAUGAGGACUUCCGCAAUCUCGAUGCUGAUGGCAACUUCGCACUGUCCGUGGACGAGUUCGAGCAAGCCGUUCGAAAGAACUGCCACUUGCGCGAGGAUGAGCCGCUACCGGCCAACUUGGCAGUGAAGUACGCGCAAAUGGACCAUGAUGGCAACCGCCUCGUGGACUUCAGGGAGUAUGUAAGGUGGAGCCAGGGUGCCAGCUGGUCGGAGCACCUUUUGGUGCGCGACGAACGAGAUCGGGAAAGCCGGAAGCUGGCCAAGAAGCUGGGUAUCCACCUUCUGGACAUCGAGAGGCUCCGCCGGCUCUUCGACAUCUACGAUGUAGAGAGAAGGCGCGUGAUCACGCAAGAGAUGUUCACGCGCGUGAUCCAAGGCAUCCUGAAGGUCACGGAGCCCAGUGACAUCCCCAAGACUCGGCUCGAUCGCUAUUGGCGCGAGAUCGACUUGGAUCGGAACGGCACUGUGGAUUUUGAGGAGUUCGUGAUUUGGAUGAUCGAUCGAGGGCCGGAGCACCUCAUGCUGCGCAGGGAGUGGAUAUCGCAGACCCUGGGUGCGGAGAUUUGA